ACUACGACACCUUGAAGUGCACCAAUCACAUUAUAAUCGCAAAUUCCUCAAACCAUAAGCACUUACCUUCCGGUUAUACACUCAGUCAGUCUGUCGGGGUGAAAGCAGAUGAGAGGGAUAAAGUGAACGAAUGAAGGAAUUUCUUUCUGAACCCGGGCCUUUUUAACAAUGUACACUUGGCGGUGCUUCCUCGCCGUUGUAUUUGUACUUGUUUGGUACUUCUCGGAGUUCGGACAAAUAUGGACUCAAGCCUUCUUUUGUUUUUUAUGCUUUUUUAAUUUCCCUUUCAAAAAGCAAGACCGUGAAACGAGCACUCAGACCGACGAUACACUUGAAACAGAACAACAGACAAAGAAAGCUCACCAUGUUGGUGUCACCGAUGAGACAGAUGCAGCCGAAACCCCGCAAACUGUGUCUGAGAUGCAGCAAUAUGAAAUUGUUAAGAGUUCACUAUUCCAGGUGUUUGAAUGCGCCUAUGCUCACCUGGUCCAGCCGUGGUACACAGUCCCAGAACUUGGCGACAGUCAGCCCCUUCACAGGGCGAUAAAGGAGGAGUUUAAGCUGGUAGUCGAGAGAGUCAUUUGCAAGGCAAAGGACUUCGAUCUGUCUACUACCAGUGUGGGUUGUAUUAGGAUCUUCACUCAACACCUGCAUAAUGCCAAGCAGUCAGAUGGCUCUCCAGUGUUUGGUUCAAGGUCCGAGGAGAUGGCAGUCCUCAGGACUUUUUCUGAAGCUCUCGUGCGAAACCUUUUUCCUAAAUACCUUUGGGAAGCAAAACUCUACCAGUGUGUCCUAACUGAGAUUGUUGCUACAAAAGCUCUUGAUGUGCUUGUGACAUGCCUCUGUAAUCCAGACAACCUGAAUCAGAUGGUGGUUUUACAGUUGGAUAGAGUAACCUCUAAAAGCUCGACAGGAGACCUCCUGAACUCAGACAGGGAAGGCACACCAUCUUCAAUGGGAAGUGAAGAAGCAGAAGUAUUGACAGAUGAAGCAGAGGAUGGUCGGUCUGAAGAAACAAAAGAAAAGAAGAAGGCAGGCAAUAGGAUCAAAGAACGGUUUUCUAAAUUUGUUGAUAAGGUCAAAUCAAAGAAAGCCAAAAGGAAAAACUAUAAGAAGAAGAAGGAGCAAGAGCUUUUGCAGAGGGCUUUAUUAUCACGAAGAUCUGCUGUUAUUGAAGAUGAUGGUGCAGACAGCAGAGAGGGCUCCAUUAGAAGCUGCAUGGACUCAGAUUAUGACAGUGAGACAGACAUUUACCUAACAACAAAUGUCCAAGAAGAUAUGAUGGAGUUUAGGCUUUCCUAUGAGAUGUGGCGGGUGGGGAAAUGGGCAGUCCGUGUUACAAAUGUUCAAAAGGAAAAUGAAGAGCUGUGUUUCACGCUUCACCUGGAGGAGAAGAAUAACCCUGAGAAUCUCAACUGGGAUGUAAAAAAGACCCAGUCGGAUAUACUUUAUUUUCACAGCCUCUGGCAGGAUGUUUCCACUUUACCCUCUAUUUCUGCAAUAGUAGAGAAAACAAAGGAGGAUCUUGAUGGCGCACAUGCAGAAGUUGGCUCAGCCCUGGAGCACUUUUUACAAGAACUGAUUUCUGAUGCACAGUUUGGUCACACUCAGCCUGUAUUCCAGUUCUUGUGUCCCAUUGUACAGCUGCUGAGUAAUAAUGAACAUAAGGGAGGUGUCUGGAGUUUUCUGAAUGGACUUGCCAGCUUUCUUAAUCCUGGGCAAGAUGAGGAUGAGUCACAUAACCCCAAGGGAGAUGAAAAGCUGGAUGGAGGAAGAGCCUCAGUACACAACAGUGGACAGUCAACAGCACAGCCAGCGUGCAUCGACACAGAUGAAGAACCAAAGGGGGGCGUUGUAGAAGAACCAGUGGCUGCAAACAUUAGAUUUUGUAACCCUGUCGAGGAAACUGACACCUUAAAAUAUAGAGAUGAUCAGAACGAUCAGAACUCUGAUGAACAGGAUGUGGUUUCAGAUGGACAGGAGAGUCUUGCUGAAAGUUUAGAUAUCUUUGUUAACAGGUCAAAACUAGUCAGUCCUUCAGGACACUCCAGUGAUAUCUCAAGUUCAGUCAUGAACCAUGCUGAAGGCGUACAGUCUGACUCAGUCGAUGGCAUUAUAAGUGCUCUGUCUGGGGGCAAAACAAACAAAAAAGAAAAGUUAACUCAAAAAAAGUCAAAUGGAUUUCAAAAGGUCAAAGUAAAGGAGAAAACGGGACAGCUCAAGGACGAGGUGGCAAGUCAGCCUCAGGCACAGAAAAAGGAACCCCAGAACAACUGGGACCAGGUUGAGGCCACCAAAGCCAUAUUUGAGUUAGUUAAGGAAAUAACUGGUAACUCAGUCCUCAUUAAUAUUUUCGAUGCCAUUCUAAAAACAGUCCAGCCUUUGGUAAAGAAAAAAAUAAACAACUUUUUAAAAAAGAUGCAUCCCACUGAAACUCAGAUUGCGUCUUACAUUGACAAUUUCCGGGAGAAAAUAUGGCCAGAAGGAAAUGUGCCCGUCCAGCCUCCACGUGACAGUGAGGAGAAACACGAGACAAAGGAGAAGGCUUUGCAGCUUAUAAAUUCAAAAUAUUCAAAUUCUUUGAUUCUCAAGAAAACUGAUGUCGAAACUGUGUUUAAGAUCUUCCAGGACACCGAGGAGAACAAGAAACUGGUUUAUAUGCUGAUGUCAUACAUUCUUGGGGAGUUUCUACCCGGGGAACGGGCCUUCAGUGCAAUACCUAAUCUAAUCGUAAAGGAUGUUCUUUCAUAAUUGAUAGAUCUUUAUGUAACUUGUCUAAUAUUUUUAAAUGUGCAUUAUUUAAUAUUUUAUGUGUAUAUUCUUUAAGGAUUCAUUGUGAUAUACCUCAGAGAGGUCAGCCUUUUACUUCGAGCAAUGUGAACAAUUUUUCUUGACAUUUUUAUAACUGAACAAAAAUGCCAGCCUCUGUUAAAUGUAGCAUUUUACUGUUUCAAAUGUACUGUAAUUGUGUUUCAUUUCAGUCAUGACUCAAAUACUUGGGCGUCAUUUUUUUUUUCUCAUAUUUUAAAAAAACUGACUGUUCACUUUUUGCAAAGAACUGAUCUUGUAUUUUAAGAAACAGCACAUGUUACUCAGGACAAAAAUAGAUAACUUCAUUGUAAUAGGCUAAUAAUUAGUAAUUUUACAAGAGUUAAUACAUGGUCUAGUCUGUGAGGAAUGUAUUUGAAUAAUAAUAAUAAUGCCAAUAAAUAUCUUUUACUACUAA